AAAUUUAUAUAUUUCUAUAGGUAUGUCCUCGAAAGGUACGUGCACGUACUCUUGGGUAGAAGUCAUUUGGAUAUACCCGAAUCGCAACGCCAACACUUAGCUCCGCAGCAUAAUCAGCAUGUGCAUCUCACAAAGUUUGAAUUACAUGGCUUGAAAGCCAUAGUCAUGUAUCUCCAUUCAUUACCAUCAACGAAGAAAAACGUUCCAGAUUUAAUACGCGAUCCGGUCGCUCUUAUUCAUGAUGUUCGAUGUUUAGUUGAACAACAUAGAAACGAUAAUUCAGAAGCUGCUGUGACAGGCAAUCCUGUUUUACCACCGCCCCCUCCUUUGACCAUUGCUGAUAGGGAACGCAUGAGAGUGACGAGAAAAGUGUUUGUAAAAAUGAGACAUUCAGACAAGUCCGAGAGGGCGUUUCCGCGAAGAAGACGCACUAGAUGUAAAAAGUGUGAGGCGUGCACCAGACAAGAUUGCCGAGAAUGUGUUUUUUGUCAAGAUAUGGUUAAAUUUGGAGGUAGUGGUCGUGCUAAACAAACGUGCCUCAUGCGCCAAUGUUUGCGACCUAUGCUUCCAGUUACAUCAUCUUGUAAGAUUUGUCACUUGGAUGGCUGGAAACAAUCGCCCGCACCAUUGACGGGUAAACCGUUUCCCACGAUACCAUCUACUUUAAUGGAAUGUUCAAUAUGCUUUGACAUUGUACAUCCAGAAUGCAUUGGCUUGAAUUCUAAAGAGAUAACUGUCAAUGAUGAUUUGCCAAAUAGCUGGGAAUGUCCACAAUGUUGUGAACAAGGUAGAAACUUGGAUUAUCGGCCGCGUCAGCCAAGAGGCCGCACGCGAAAAUUAUCAGUUUCGAGUGCAGCUUCUUCAGCAGCAACUACGGAUUCCGAGCGAGCUAUGACACCAAGUAAACGGUCAAGACAUGAUCCUAAUGAGGCAUGGAAUGAUUCGCCAGGAGAACCAGCCGAAGGUGAACAGAAAAUGAGUCAACAGCGCACCCAGUUAGCUAUGCAGUUGAUUGCCUCAAGCAGCAGAUCUUUGGUGAGGCCGCACAUAGUAGUUAGGCCAUCGGUGCUAAGGCCACCGCCACCUAUCCAAGAAACAGACGGCGAAUCAAAUGAGCAGAAUGUAAUGUACAACAAGACAGCAAUGCUUGCAAUAUUUCAAUAUCUUAGCAUGAAGGAUUUGCUUAAUUGUGCCUUGGUCUGUCGUACCUGGGCGAGAUAUAGCAUAGAUCCCAGUCUAUGGAAGAAACUCGAUAUGUCACACUAUAGUCUCCGUUCUUUACACUUGACCGCUAUUAUUCGACGACAACCCGAGAGUCUUUUACUAGAUUGGACUAAUGUCAAUAAGAUGCAAUUAGCUUGGUUGCUGAGUAGAUUACCACAGUUACGAGCAUUAUCCCUUCAAGGCUGUACUUGGGCUGGUGUUCGUGCCUUGAAGAGCUGUAGUUGCCCGCCUCUAGAAAAACUGAAUCUGAAUUAUGUUACUUCUCUAAAUGACGCCGUUUUAGAAGAAAUCUUAGAUUCGCCAACGGAUUCAAGACCAGGUCUUAUAGACAAAACAUCGCGACUAAAACAUCUCAAGAAUCUGUCUCUAGCUGGAUGCGAUCUCACGGAUCGAGGAGUGAGAUACAUAGUUCAACACUUGUUGGAUCUUGAAAUCUUAGAUCUUUCUUCGAUCGGCAGACUCACUGACGCCGGCGUGGCGCACUUGAUGUCGCUACCAAAACUAAUGUCACUGAAUUUAGCAAACUGCAAGUUGCUCACUGAAACAACUCUCGACCACUUAACGAGAUGUAAAAUGUUAAAACGUCUGGAUCUACGACACACAACCCAAGUAUCGACGCAAGCAAUUAUUAAGUUCGCUGCCAAGAGCGAACACAACUUACACGUGACAGAUGUUAAGCUGGUCGAAGAGAAGAAAAAGACCAAAACCGAAUUCAUGGACACGUGAAAAAGCAUAACGCUCACACACGAACUAUUGUUCAGUGCAAUCCGGUUAUCGUCGCAUGAGAACAUCGUUUACAGAAAAUUAGAGCCAUAAUACAUUCUACAAUCAGUGAUUAUUUAUUUUACAUGAAAAAAAUCUAUAUCAUUACAAUGCAUUUUUACGACAACAAAAAGGACCUGACUAAUAUAGAAUUUUUAUUUGGGUAACACUUAUUUUAUCGAUAUAAGACAAGAAUGAUUUCUUCGCAAUUUGAAAAUUUUUAUUAUCCAUUUCAAUUAUUACAAAUAUUUGUCUAUUGAUUAUCUACUCUAUUGUGUGAUUCAUAUAUCACAUUUAUAUUUUUCAAAUCAAAACCAAAAAAAA